CAACAACAACAACAACAACAACAACAACAACUAGAAGAGCAACACGGUCAACGGGACCCGGAACCGCCAGCCUCGGCAUCCGCAAUGGCCGCGCGGAAACGGCGGCUCUCGGGGGGAGCGGAGAGCAACCGCCCCGGCGCCGGGCUCCCCCGGUGCCAGCCCUUUCCGCUCACGGUGGGGCCCCGGGCCGCCGCCCCGGCCCCCGGGCAACGCUACCGGCUCCACCCGUACCCGCAGAUCGUCGUUGCCCACCGGGGGGCCUCGGCCCACCUGCCCGAGCACUCCCUGGAGGCCUACCGGCUGGCCCUGGAGCUGGGGGCCGACUACAUAGAGCCGGACCUGGUGGCCACCAGGGACGGCCACCUGGUGGCGAUGCACUCCCUGGACCUGACCCAGACCACGAACGUCGAAGAGGUCUUUGGUACCUCCCGGAACAAGACCCGCUCUCGGUUCAAGCAGCAGCAACAGAAACAGCAGCAGCACGCCUCAACGGGCGGUGGCGACAGCGACGGCUCCCACGGCUACUGGGUCUACGACUUUACGCUGCAAGAGAUCAAGCAGCUGCGGCUGAGGCAGCGGCUCGGGGGCGGGAGCGAAGAACGAUCCACGGCCUUUGACGGGCUCUUUGAGGUGCCAACACUUACCGAAAUACUGCAGCUCCUCAACGACUGGAACGAAAACGUCCAGCGGGUUUGGUACGGGACAUUGCCACAGGCGGAACAGCAGCAGCAGCACCGGUAUCCCCCCCCGCCCCGUGGAUUGUACGCGGAGCUCAAGGAUUUUCCGUGGAUCCUCCAGGACGCCGGGAUCAACCUGCUCGACCGGUUCUUCGACCACAUUUCCAGCGAACAAACCGUCUGGGAGGCCGCCCUCUUGAGGCACAUGUGUGACACGAAGCACCUGCGGUGGGGCGAGUACAAGCUCCCGCCGCUCGUCCUGCAGUCCUUCGAGGCAGAGGUCCUCAAGAAUUUCACGACCCGGUGGGAACAACUGGCCGGGAGCGGCGACGUGGAUGACACGGAUCCCCACAACACCACCACCAACGACGACAACGACGACGACGACGACAAGUCCCUUCCGGUGCUGACCCAGAAAGUCCUUCUCGAUGGCAACACCACGGCCCGCAUCCCGCUCCCCACCCCUCCCACCAUUGUUCUGGUGUCGCACGACAAGUGUCGGGACGAAAAGUUCUGGUACGAAAUGGGACACUUCUAUCGAAACACCAUUUCCGGCAUCGGGCCGGACAAGGCGUGUUUUUUCCGGGAACGGCCGCACCAGGACGCAAACGACGCCGCGGCGCCGGUCUUCCAGUACGAGCCCAGCGUCAUGGAACACGCCCAAAAAUUCAACUGGGUCGUUCAUCCGUGGACGGAACGGCCCGAGCGCGAAUUCUUUGCGACCCACCCGCACCAGCGGCGGAAAGCCUCCGCCGCCGCUCUGGCGCCCUUCGAGAGCGUCCUGGACGAGAUCCUCUUUCUCAAGUGCACCGUGGGCGUGGACGGGGUCUUUUCCGAGUCGGUCGACGUUGCCGUCCGGGCUCUGGGACUUGCGUGCCCCACCGAGGCGCAAGGGCAUCCGAACGCCGGUCCGAGUUGCACAAGGAGCAACGCCACAAGCACGGACCCCUGCCCGUCCUGUCCUCUGGGCUCCGGAAUGCUCCUCCCGCUCGGGCCCGCAAUCCUCUUUUCCUUCGUGCUCGGGAUCCUCGCGGCCCUCCUGGUGCUGAGGUACUGCUGCGGGCUUUCCCCGAGCCGGGAAAGGGUGCCCCUGCGGCGGCGGGCCCCGCGGAUCCCCGGGAGGCGGCUCUCGCACCUGCCCCCCCACACGGCCGUUCCCGCGAUGGACCGGGACGCCGGCGAGCAAGACCACGAAACCGACACGGAGCCCGCCGGUGGGGGGGUGCCGAGCGGCAAUGGCCGCGAAGUCCUCUGAAGGGGAACCACCCUGCCAAACCAAACCGUGAAUGCGAGGCAGGCCGCGGCUCGCACAAAAGAACAACAGUGGCGAAGAAAAACCAUUGCCGGCG